ACGAGAGUUAUCAGCAUGGUCCGCAGAUGCGAUAUGCCGAAGUGGUGACCGGUGAUACAUCAUUUCGUAGCUGGUAAUAGUAUUAUUCACAAAGCCACUGUUAGGAUUCUUAAGCUUUGAAAUAACCAUGACAAAUGAGUUCAUCCAGUGGUGUAUCCUCGGAAAUUCCUCCCGAUUGCAACACUCGCGUAAAAAGCUUUAAGCUGUAUGGAUUCAUAGUGAUAAUGAUGAUUCUAGCCGCACUGAUCUUGACGAUCGUUACGGUAGUAACUGUUGAUACAGUCGAGUUCGAUAACGCUAAGGAAGCCGAUAGAAAAACUUCGAUGAUCAACGGGCCGUCCAUUGGCGGCGCGGUGCUCGUUAUAAUGGCAUGUGGGAUUGCAAUAUGGCAAUUCCAAGAAACAGCCGAAAUUACUCGGCUUUGUAUGCACUAAUGAGUAAUAAUUAUUUUU